AUGCCCUGCGACCACCGUGACCUGCGGGCUGCGCACCUGGAGGGCGGCACAAACGCCUUCUCAGCCGCGGGUAGUGGCCCUUGGCAGCCUCAGCAGUCUAAGACAAGGAUUCCCGAAGCACCCAGGCUGCCGGCGUGGCUGGGUUUUGCUGCUAAAGCUCGACCUGAGGCGGGAUGUUCCCCGCUCGGGGAGAACUACAGCGCCCGUCGGCCCCUGCGCGCCUCCCCCACCUUCCCGCCUCUCGCCGCUACCGCCUGCCUCCUGUCAGACAGGAGCCGGACCCGGCUGGCCCGAAAGGGGCUGCGGCCGCAGGAACGGGGGUACUGCGGAGGGCCCUCUCCCUCGGCGGGGAGGCGGCAGGGUGGAGCGAAGCAGUCUCGUCCCCAUCCCUGUCCCCGUUCUCGUCCGGUACCGGGGAGCGGCGUCCCCGCAGUCUUGCUGCCCCGUCCCGUCAGGUCCCGUCGCCGCCGCGGCGGCGCGGCUCAUGAGGUGAAGAUGGUGAUCCGCGUCUUCGUCGCCUCCUCCUCCGGCUCGCUGGCGAUAAAGAAGAGGCAACAAGAUGUGGUGAGGUUCCUGGAAGCCAAUCGCAUAGAGUUUGAAGAAGUGGAUAUCACAAUGUCAGAGGAAAAAAGACAAUGGAUGUAUAAAAAUAUUCCUGAGGACAGGCAGCCUGCACAAGGCAAUCCACUGCCACCACAGAUAUUCAGUGACGAUCGGUACUGCGGAGAUUACGAUGGCUUCUUUGAAUCAAAGGAGAGCAACACUGUCUUCUCCUUUCUUGGACUGAAACCUACUUUGGCAUCAAAGCAGUCGGAACCCUAGAAGGCCUAUCUGAAGUACCAACAAGCACAUCUCCUGGAUGAAUGACCCUGUUCUUCAGCACACAACAGCUUCCCUCAUGGAUCACUGUGAUAGAGCAAACGAGCACCAUUAGUAAUAGUCUGCUUGCCAUGAUACGGUGCUCCCUGGUAACAUGGAGUUAAUAACACAGAUAUAAAGCAGGAUUAAGGCUGGGCUACUCAUGUUCCUUUUAAAAAAUAUUCAUUGUUGAUGUUUCACUUUUGUCCUUGGAUUGCUUUUGCAACUGGCAGUCAUGUUCUAACAGGCACCUAUGUUUUAGAAUAAGGAAUGGAAGUGCAGGGCUUCUGUUGUUCAUGGAUGUACUUAUGUAGUCAAGAUUCCUUACCUAUUUAAUUCUUCCAGCUACUACAGUUGAAAUUAUCUCAUCAUGAUAGUUAAAGUGCUGGUAAUUACUAAAAUAUUUGUGCUGGCUAUGAUCCAGAAGGUAAAAACCAUCAAUCUUAAGUUCUCAGUCCAAGCCAAUAACUGCCAUAUUUUUGCUCUACAUUUAUUUAUUGUGAUGUUUAUGCUGGAGCGUGUUUAUUUUAAGAGACAUGGUCUGUUAACCUUGUUCAUGAAAACUUGAUUGGUCUAAUGAUGCACAUUGCAGCUGGCUGUUUGAAAACAUGGAGGAGGUGCCAAAGUGAAAUAUUUUGACAUGGUUCCUGUUCCAAAUCCCAGUGAAAUGUGCAGGAAAACACUUGGUGGAAAAUACUGGGUAGUUCAGAAGAAGAGGUCUCUUUCUCUCAACUGAGAAAGUCUUAACACCCAAAGCUGAAGCUUUAUAGUUGGUCUAUUUUAAAAAGAAAUUUUGCCAAAAUCUUGAUGUUACCUUCAAUAACACAGAGCUCUACCAAUAGCCACAUGAGAGUCAGGGAAUGCUUUGAGAGCCAGAGCUCAGUCCCAUAGAUGGGUGAACACUCUACCAUGGUCCCACAGCUAGCUUGCCCAGCUUUGUCCUGACUAUAUUCCCAGGUGUAGAAAUGUAGAGGUGCCUCAAAGGCAGUGAGAAAGAUGAGCCUGUGCUUUGUUGCAGGAGGCAACAAACUCAGCUCUGUUGAGUACCAAAAGGCAAGUAAAGGAAGUGGAGAUUGUUCCUGAGGGACUGCACUGAGGCAGAGCUCGGGCCUAUGACUUGCCAAUAACAAUUUCAAAACUCAUCCCAGACAGAAGUCAACUUGCAUUAUGCAUUUUGAAUCAAGUCUGACUAUAGAAAUAACAGCUGUGCUGCAAUGUACUUUUAGUCAAGUGAUUUCAUAAUGACAGGGUAGUGCCAUUCCUAUAAAUGUCCUUGUGUCACUGGGUAAAUGCAAGACAGGCAUUAGGUCAGAAAGCUGUGCAGUCACAGUGCCACUCAGACUGUGUGGCCUGAAGGAAGUCAAACCUGUAAAGAGUGUCAGAAAUAACCCUCUCUCAGCAACAAAUCACAUCUUCUGUUAAAAUCAGUAACCAGUGCAGCCGGGGCUUGUUAUUUGGAAGGAACAGCUGGAGGUCAUCUGGUCCAGAACUGUCAAAAUCAGGGCUAGCACCAACAUUAGCUCAGGUAAGAUAUGGGUUUGUCUAGCUCAGUGUUAAAAAUAUCCAAAGAUUAAGAUUUCAUAACCCUCCAGGCAACUUCUGCCAAUGCUGCAGUACUCUCCUUGUGAAAACUUUCAUUUUAAUGUCCAGCCUACACUCUCAGGCUGUAAUUUGUGACUGUUGCCUUUGCUUAUUUUCUGACACACAGAGGAAGAGAUGAGCAUCGUGGGUUUUUGUAAUUGCUCUAAAGAUAAUUGUAGGCUACCAUUAGAUCACCUCCUAUCUGCUUUCUUACCAAGCAAAUAUGGCUUCCUCAGCCUCUCCUCACAGGCUGUGUGCUUUAGGGCCCUGUAUCCUUUGCUUUUGUGGAGAGCUUUCCACCAGUUUGUUCACAUCCCUCUUGAAGAGGGAGACGGUCCCAAAAAAUAUAUUUUGAAUGUGGCCUCACUGGUGCUGAGUAAAGGGAGAUAAUAACUUUCCUCAGCCUGCAAGCCACACUUCUGCAGUAGCACACUGCAUGCAUUCCCCUAUUUGCAGUGAGAACAUUGCUGAUUUAUGAGCAACCUGGCAGUCCCCAGGUCCAUUCAUCAGGGUGUUAGUCUGUUGGUAGCUCCCCAGCCCAUACUGAUGCCUCACCACCCUCGAGGGCAGAACUUCCUACUUGUCCUUAUCAAACUUCCUGAGGUUUCUGUUUGCCAGCCCUCAAGAUUAUGGAGAUGCCACUGUCCUGAGGCUCUGCCAGCUGUUACCAACCACUGAACCAGGUUCAUGUGUCAUUCACAGAUUUGCUGAGGGUGUAUGCUAGGUCAUCAUCCAAGUCCCUGAUGAAGAUUCUGAAAAAUAAGAGAACUGUAGCCCUCAGAUUUUGGACAUGAUGGCUUACUCAUGACUACAGAGUAUGAUAUGAACAAUUUUCGUGACUACCAGCUACAAACUGCUUGCAGCUGUGUGGCUUUUCCUUCUGGUACAAAGCCAAGAAAGCUUUAAAAAGAGAAAUGUUAAAGGACUCCACCCAUAAAUCAGUUUCUCUUUGGAUCCUCUGGUGCCUCCUCAGCUCAGUUAACGGGCUAGAUAGAGCAAGAGCACACACAGAUUUCAAGUCCAGGGUUGUAUUUACUGGUCAAAAUCUGACCUAGAACACCUUCUCUAGAGGAAUUCUGAAAGGAAGUUGGCAACAUGCAGAUACAUAUAUAUCUAUGGGCAUUUUUAAGGAUUAUGUUUUCUGUGUUAAGUUAUGGUGACAUUCUUGUCACCAGUCCCAGAUUUUCAUGGGACUUGAACCUGGCUACAGGAAGGGAAUGUGAUAAGAGGUGGAGCUAUAUAGUGUUAACAUCACCAAGUUCAAUAUAACUAUUCCUAAAAAAAAGUUUAAAAUACUUAACUUCACAAAUAAAUAUAGAUAUACAUUUGCAUAAUUACACAGCUGAUUACAGAGAAGCCAUCCUGGAUUGAUUAUGUACUUGAUACAUUGUAAACCUUGAGAAAUGCCUGUAGCCCCAGUUUCUCAAACCUCACCUAAGUGUGUAAGUAUAUCCACAGCAGUAAUCCAGGGCAAAAUCCCAGGCUUACUGAUGUGCAAGGCAAAACCACACAGAUUUCUCCAGGGAUGAAAUUAGUUUCACAAAAUUCCUGUUGAAUUUUGAUAAUUGUAGAACAGAAACCUCCUAUUCUGUGGAGAGCUAGUCCCUUUAGAGCUGUUAGGUAAACCUAGCUUAUUUCAGAGCACUCAUGUGAGCAUAAUCAGUCAUAUGGAGGACAACACUUGCUUCAAAGAUGUGCUGCUUGCUUACGUGGAUUAGCAGUGUAAGCCCCUUAGCAUAUGUGCUUUUGAACUGUAAAUGGAUAGUUUAAAACAAGAGAAAGUAUAUAUGUUGCUUGAAUAGGAAUUUGAUCUGUUCUGUGACAGCCUUAUUUUUGUAAUUAAAAGUAGAGUUCUAGUUUGUUACACAGGAUGAUCUGGAAUUUUUAAAAGCAAUUUUUUAAUAAUGAGAUGUAACUAGCAGGUGUCUGAAAAGGUCUGUGGAAACUAGAGCCAUUUAUUGAAAGAAAUAGCAAAUUCUUAUUUUUGUUUAGUACACUUGCAUAUAAAAGUAUGCUUCAGAACCAAAUUAUCCCAGAUUUUGACUAAUAUGUGUACCCACCUCAUUUUUUACUAGGGAGAACAGUAUGAAUUAAACUGUAAGUCUUUGCACCCAGCUGCAGUUGCUGUGUGGGUUGUUGUGGACACAUUCACUGUAUCAGUGGCUUUAAUAGAGGUGGUUUCCUUUGUGCCACACACUACUGGAUAGUGCCUUGCCAGAAAGAGGACUUUCACUCUAGGGUCUUCUUAGAUGUGCUUAAACUGAGAAAGGGGUAGUUUCUGUCUUGCUACUUUUUUAAUAAUGCAGUCAUUUGAUUUUGAGGCCUGAGUCAAAAGACACAUGCUUUGUAAGGUUAGAACAUGUUUUGAUGAGUCUUCUGAACUCUUGCUUUUUUUAAGUGUAGGUUUCUCUUCUGUUUCUCGUUUUCUUUUUAUUGACUGUCUAGAAUCAAACCUUUCAAGGGAAGCAGACACAGAGUAAAGCCCCUAAAUCCAUGUUUACACUUCAAGAUAACUAUUGGAUUCAAGUGUUGAGGGGCCCAAAUGCUGUCACUGAAGUGAAAAGGAGCUAGCAAGCUCUCAGUGGAUUUCUUGGUUGUCCCAGUCCAGUUCUGGGAAUACCAUGAUUCAGAUGUAGGACCCUGAGAUUUUCAGCAGUGCCCUGUGGCACCUUCACAGGAGUGCAGGAGGGGGGUCAUGACCAGGAAAGUGCCAAAUCCAUCAGUCUGCAGUGACUUGUCCACUGAUGUCACUAGAUCUUGGGGUGAGCAGUGGGAGGAAGAGGGAGACCUGUGUCUUGGCACUGCAGGGAGUGGGAGAGGAAGACACAGUGCAGAGGGGUCCACAGCUUGUUGAGCCUGAGCAGUGGUCCUCACAGGGGCCCUUGGCUGGCCUUGCCACAUAUGAAACCACCCAGUGCUGCCAUCCAUGGGACUCUACCUGCAUCAUGGCCUAGCCUUCAUCCUCUUGCUCCUCAAGGAAUUUGAGAAGGGAAAUAGAGAACAGCUGCUUGAGAGCAUUCCUUCAGCCAGGGCAGAAACAGCUUGCUCUCUUCUUCCUAUUCUUUACCUAUUCCUAAUGUGCUUCUUUCUGUCCCUUGUAGACUUAACUGCGUGCUAAGCUUCCACUCCCAACCAUUUGUAACAUUCCUGUGAGGUUGCAAACUGCAGAGCUGCUGCUCACCUUCACAGCAUUGGUGUUUCCUAACUCAGUGAGGGAGGAAGCACGUUGCAUCCUAGGCUGUGUACACGUGAAGUUUUAAAUUAUAAAUUAAAUUCGUGUUCAUCUAAUAAAAAAUUUAAU